AUGUUCUGCUUCCUGGUUCACCUGGCUGUAUUCAGCAUGCUGGCAGGUGCUGCUGCAACAAACCAGGCUUUCACCAGUUCUGGGAUGAUGAACAUCACCUCGUGUCCAAUCACCUAUUACGGACAGAAAUAUGACAAAGUCUACGACCCAAACAUCUGCUCUACUGUAACCUGUGAUGUCAAUGGAGUCGCUACUGCUGUCAGUGACUGUGGUCCAAUGGAGCGCUGCCAAGGCAAUGGCAGCUGCAUCUUGAACACUGUGUGCACUGUGGCCGGCUCCAUCGUCAUCGAUUUCGUAGGCAGAGUUCACUCUGUUCCUGAUCGCUGUGGAUACAGUCUCCUGAAACCUUCGCUCAUCCCAGGGUUCCAGGUGUUUGGGGUUUUCCAGGAAAGACGCCGUAGAGAUGUUAGCUUCGUGGACCGUGUGAUAUUGCAGCUGGAUGGGAAAGGCCUUCAGAUUUCUCUGGAACAAGGCGGGAGAGUUCAGCUGAACAACACAGUACUGACACUCACGGCCACAGCUCAGGUGGUCCAUGGUGUGGAGCUCUCCAAGGACCGGACAGGGGUGACUGCUCAGAUAUCGGCCUCCAACUACACCGUUUCUGUCCACUUUGAUGGCGACACCGCACUAAUCCACAUGACAGGACCAAGUGGAGCACCUGUGCACGGUUUAUGUGGUAAUUCAAGCAGAACUCUGAGUGAAGACAGGGUUUCUGACCACAGUUCCAAUGACUGUGAGAUAAAAUAUGACGAUGCUGAUGACAAUACAAUCAACUGCAACGCCUCCACUAAAUGGUGUAACCUCCUGAGAUGGACUCCCUUCACUGCUUGCAACAUGUACAUCGACCCACAGCCCUUCAUCACUGCCUGCACACAAACUUUAUGCAAAUACUCUCCAGUGGACGGCCUCAUGUGCCAGUUCCCGGACGCCUAUGCUCGGGUCUGCAAGCACCUCAGCAAUGUCACGAUGAAGGACUGGAGGUUAAACACCAGCUGCUCUGCUGCUCCUCAAACCUCCUGUCAGGACAAGCUCUGCAGUGAUCAUGAGUUCUGUGGUGAAGACAACAUCAGUGGGGAAACUCGCUGCCACUGCCGGGCCAUUUUUGCCUCCAAGUAUAAACCGACAAAUAGCUUUGGUGAACCGAUCGUCUGUGGGGAUAAAUCUGCUUCGAUAACUCUGGCUAACUGUCUCCUGGAGGACGACGGCAUCGACUACUCCAUCUUACACCUGAAUGAUCAGGACUGCAAAGCCAAAAUGGACAAUCUGACCCAUAUGGUGACAUUCAGCUUCAACAGCAGCAACACUUGUGGUACGGUGAUCAUGGCAAACAACAGCCAAAUCAUCUACAAGAACACCAUCAUGACACAGAACAUCUCCAUGUUUGGCCCAAUCACCCGUCAUGGUCCAGUGCGUAUCGACUUCUCCUGUUAUUACAGCCAGCCAGAUGUCAAGAGUUUGGGCAUCAAACUCAAACACAGCUCCGUGAACCAGCAGAUUACUUCAGGAGAAUAUGUUUAUAAUCUGACCAUGAAGGCCUACACCAGCGCUGACCGCCUCAAAGCCAUCGAGUACAGCACCGACAUCGAACUGAAUCAACAACUCUGGGUGGAACUGAAGACGGACGGGCUGGAUGAAAACCUGCUCGCCAUAGUGACCGACUCCUGCUGGGCAACCAAUCAACCUUCACCAGUUGGAAGUCUGAGAUACGAUCUGAUCAUAAACGGCUGCCCCAACCCGACUGAUGAGACGAUAAAGACAGAGGGAAACGGACAGGGAACGUCCAACUACUUCUCUUUCAACAUGUUCCAGUUCACUGGCAAGACUGGCGACGUCUACUUGCACUGCAAAGUAGUGCUGUGUAUCCGGCAAGGAAAUACCUGCACCCCAAGCUGCAGCCAGGGUGAGAGAAGGCGCAGAUCUGCCCUGCCAAAAUAUGAGGAUAAACACCCGGCAUUCAUCACCAUGGCCUGGACUUCUUAG